AUGCGGGUUUUUAUGGAAAUAUGGACAUUGUGCGGUAUUGCUAUAGAUUGGUCAGAUCACGCGUUAUGGUGGCCAGCAAAAAAUCGGUGGUUGACCAGGACAAGAUCUACUUUGGACCAAUGUGGAGUUCAAGGAGAUUCGUUACUUCAUUUGACACCUAUGCACAAAAAUUUAAGAGUACAGUUACCAGACCUUCGAUACUUGGACCUAAGAGUAGAUUUCUCAGUGCAAACUUUCAGUGCGGUUGUGGCAUUGUGCAGAGAUCUAGAUAUCCGUCACCCGGAAGAACUUUCCUUCUGCAAGCCUCUAGAACCACAGCAUCUCAAAAAGAAUUUCCAAGAUCUUCCAAGAAAGAAGCAUGAGCAAAACGGUACUGUUGGAAAUGGUCAUUUACCAUUGGACACAAACACCUUCAUAGCAGAAAGUCCACGUGGUUCUAACGGUAGCCUUAAUAAUGGUGAUUCGCGCCUGAUGUGCGCUCCUGUGACGCCCCAAAGAAGUGCAGUCUCUCCGCCUCCUAGGCACACGCCUAUCAGCUCACCCACAACUCCUGCACAAUGGCCGUAUUUUAAUGGUGCUUUAAACGGAACGACAUCUCCUACAGGAAACGAAUCACUAGGCAUAUCUUUAGCCAGUAGUCCUGCGACACCGAGCCAUGAGGCCCGAUCAAAAAUGUUACGACCCAAGACUUUAGUUGAACGUGCUCGUCUCAAUGUGGGGUGGUUGGACUCAUCACUGUCUAUCAUGGAACAAGGAGUUCGUGAAAAUGAAACUCUCUGUUUGCGAUUCAAAUUCUGCACUAUUUUCGACUUGAAUCCAAAAUAUGAUAGUGUACGAAUUAAUCAAUUAUAUGAACAAGCGCGAUGGCAAUUACUUAAUGAAGAAGUGGAUUGCACUGAAGAAGAAAUGUUGAUGUUUGCUGCAUUACAAGUUCAAGUUGGAAUGCAAGCACAUUUACCACAACCAAAUUUAGAUACCACUGAUGCAACAUCACCUGGAGAAGAUGAUAUCGAUGCAGCAUUAUCUGAAUUACAAAUUACACUGGAGGGUCCUACUGGCAUUUCAAAUAGCUCCGACAUCACACAAGUUCCUGAACUUUCAGAUUAUUUAAGAUUUUUGAAGCCUAAACGAUUUUUACCAAGUUCAUAUAAAAGAUAUUGGUUUACAUGUCGCGAUUUACAUCUAUUUCUGUAUAAAACCAAAGGAGAUUCAAAUCCUGCUUUACACAUUAACCUACGAGGUUGUGAAGCGUUACCUGAUGUUAACAUCUCAGCUGGAAAAUUCGGAAUUAAACUAUCAGUACCAAAUAAAGAAGAUGGCAUGACUGAAAUGUGGAUAAGAUGUGAUAACAUUUUUACAUUUUCGUGGUAA